AUGCCCCUCGAGCGUCAUGUCCUCUCGUCCAGCUGGUACUUUCGUGACCGCGACUCCGAUGAAUGGCUUCACGUUCCUGUAGUGCCAUCCUCCGUGCAACAGGACUUGAUUCACAAUAAGAAGUAUAUCAGCACCCUUCUCAUGAAUACCGAUCCAUUUAUUGGUUUCAAUGAACUUGAUGCUCGUUGGACAAACGAGAAAUCAUGGGUAUACCGGAAUACCUUUACCAAGCCACCAAACAUCUCCGAUGGAGCCAUUGUGGAUCUGGUCAUGGAAGGUUUAGACACCUUUGCUACGGUCAAAUUGGAUGGGGAAAUCAUCUUGAUCAGCGAUAACAUGUUCCUGGGUCACAGAGUCAACAUCACCAAAGCAUUGGCCACAGAAAAACGGGAACAUACGAUCGAGAUCGAGUUUGACUGUGCCCUACUAAAAGCUCGGGAAAUCCGCAAUCAACAUCCAGAACACACAUGGGUUGGCUUCAACGGGGACCCCUCUCGCCUCGCGGUGCGCAAGGCACAAUACCACUGGGGCUGGGAUUGGGGACCAGUCCUUAUGACCGCCGGAAUCUGGCGCCCAAUUCAAUUGGAGGUCUAUAACGCACGGAUUGCAGAUCUAUGGCCGAAGGUCGAGCUCGCUGCAGACCAUCAAAGCGCAGAGAUCAAGACUGUGGCCACAAUUGAAACUCCUAUCGACGGGGACUUCAUUGCCCAUUUCACCUUGAGCCUGCGUGGCAAGGAUAUCAACAACAUUGAAAUUCCCGUCGUGCAUGGAGCCCCCACCAAUGUAUCUUUUCUUGUCAAUCGUCCCGAGCUUUGGUGGCCACAUGGCUAUGGUGAACAGCCUCUAUACGAGGUUUCUGUGGCACUACUGCGCGACAAUAAAAUCAUUGAUCAGACAAGUAAAAAGGUUGGUAUUCGAACAGCUGAGAUUGUUCAGCAACCCGACAAACAUGGAAAAUCAUUCUUCUUCCGCAUCAAUGGCCAGGAUAUCUUCUGCGGGGGCUCUUGCUGGAUCCCAGCCGAUAGCAUUCUGACGAAUAUCAGUGCUGAUCGGUAUCGACUCUGGAUUGAAUUAAUGGUUGCUGGUAGACAGAACAUGAUUCGCGUGUGGGGCGGCGGUAUCUACGAGGACGAUUAUUUCUACGAUGUUUGCGAUGAGCUUGGCGUAAUGGUAUGGCAAGACUUCAUGUUUGGCUGUGGCAAUUACCCAACUUGGCCAGCAAUGCUGGAGUCAAUCCAGCAAGAAACAAUUUACAACGUGAAGCGACUCCGUCACCACGCAUCCAUCGUGAUAUACGUUGGGAACAAUGAGGACUAUCAGGUACAGGAGUCGGAGGGACUGACCUACAAUUACGAGGAUAAAGAUCCAGAGAGCUGGCUUAAAACGAAUUUCCCUGCCAGGUUUGUUUACGAGAAGCUCCUCCCUGAAGUGGUGGCUGAGUACUGCCCUACCACCUUUUACCACCCUGGCAGCCCAUGGGGUGAUGGCAAGAAAUCAUCUGAUCCGACUGUUGGUGAUAUGCAUCAGUGGAAUGUUUGGCAUGGCACGCAGGAAAAAUACCAGAUUUUUGAUACUCUGGGCGGUCGCUUCAACAGCGAGUUCGGAAUGGAGGCUUUCCCACACAUUUCUACAAUUGAGCAUUUUGUUGAGAAGAAGAGUGACUUGUUCCCACAAUCCCAGGUGAUGGAUUUCCAUAACAAGGCAGAUGGCCACGAAAGAAGACUGGCAACAUAUUUGGUUGAGAAUGUCCGAUCGGCGACCGAUCUUGGGGUAUGA